GGUGGUGUCACUCUCCCCACUGUUUUCUGCGGUGGGGUCCACUGGAGCUUUAAAUGUGACUCAUUCUUUGGAUUUUACACUAAAAUGAUCUCUCAAGAUGGAUGGACGGAGUGGAUACAAAACAUACAUCAUGGUGGGCCCACAGAACUUGGUGACAUCACUUCAGUAGCAGUCUCGCUACUCAACCUGUCAGUAGCCAAUCCGCGCCCGUUGCUCGACCGGUCCGUAAUCAUCAUGGGCUGGGUUCGGGCCCACCUUCACGGAUCGGAUAAUUUACACUUGCCAGACGUUGGAGGGAAUGAAAUGGCUGCUUCGCAUACAACCGCCGUAUGUGAUGAUUUCUCGUGGUGGGAACGGUUGUCAGAUAACUACCCGUUGCAACUGAAAUUUUCAAAUUCAAAUCAGAAGGAGAAACCAACGUGCCCGCUCAUAUAAAUUGACAUAACCAACUAAAGUACGAAAUCCUUCAACCCAAUCCUCUCCCCCUUGUCCUGGCAUCAUCGGAAUCUCGCCGGAAAAUGGAUCAAUCCGACGGAAUUCCGAUCAAAGUCUACGACGCCUCAACACAGGACGAGCCAUCCUCAUACCCCACUUCUCCAUCGUCGGCCCCCGCAAACGGCCGCAAAAGACGAGCGGUGGCAAAAGGGGUGCAAAAAACCCUCUCCAAGACCUCAAUGCUCGUGAAUUUCCUCCCCACCGGCACACUUCUCACCUUCGAAAUGCUACUCCCGUCUGUCUCCGGCAAUGGGGAAUGCUCUCCCGUCAGUACUAUGAUGAUCCACGUCCUUUUGGGCCUCUGCACCUUAUCGUGCUUUUUCUUUCAUUUCACGGAUAGCUUCAGGACGCCAGACGGGAAGGUCUAUUACGGGUUCGUAACGCCGAAAGGGUUGACACUCUUCAAAUCGGGUCUUGGUGUAGAUGUCCCAAAGGAUGACCGUUUCCGAGUUGGGUUUGUGGAUUUUGUCCACGCGGCCAUGUCGGUGAUGGUGUUCGUCGCGAUCGCUUUCUCCGAUCAUCGCGUUACAGACUGCCUCUUCCCAGGACACGUGAAGGAGAUGGACGAGGUGAUGGAAAGCUUCCCUCUGAUGGUGGGUGUCGUAUGCAGUAGCCUUUUUCUAGUCUUCCCCAACACACGCUACGGCAUUGGGUGCAUGGCUGCCUGAGGAAGAUGGUCUACCUCUGUUUUCAUUGCAUCCGGUGCAUACUAGUUUUGGGGCGUAGAUUAGCAUUGUGAGUUGGUUUUCAUCAAC